GAGUCUAGCAAUACGCUACUUGUAGUCCUAGAUUUAAGCUACGCGAUUUAAAUAAUAAAUAUAUAUUCAAACAUCCACUCUAGCAGUGAACGCGCAUAGAAAUAACCCACACCUCUAUAAAAUUAUAGCUGCUGCCGCCAUCUUUUACGUACAGCUUGACACUACGAUUUAUAUUUUGCAACUACUGUGAUUCUGACAUAUGAAUUUGAGGUUAUCUUCAUGUCAAAGCAAUCAUCAAGUUACUGCAUCGCGUAACUGCUUUAUUUAACUGUGUUGUAUUAUUAUCAUAUGAUAUAGAAACUGUCAUCGUUAUUUCAACAGAUUGUGAUUUUUCAAACACGAUAUAGUUAUACAUCUCCCAAUUGUAAAGAAAUUAAUGUUUCCCAUAACAAUGUUGAAAUACACGUUUGUCGUACCGUUGUAUCACUUGGAGUGCUUAUAGAUAUAUUUGUUUCGACAAACACGAAAAUGGCACUUGUUAACAUCGAGGGAAUCGAUCCUUGGCUCACGGAAUAUGACGCGUGCGAGAAGCUGUUCCGUGAAAUUAUGGAGCAGCUCACUAUGCGCGAUGGAGAACCGAAGACCUCGAAAGUUUACGCUAGCUUGUCAGCCAACAUAAGAUUGCGUAUGAAGCAGUACACCCGAGAAGUUCAACAAUUGAAAUGCAAAGUGGAAGAGGCUUCUAAAUUGAAAACAAUAACGUUUGAGGAGGCAGAACGUAGGACAAGACAAGUGGAGCAACUACAAAGCAAGGAUAUUCAGUUGCUAAAGUUGUACGAGCCACGUACAAAUGAUUAUGUAUCAUCGCGCGCGAAUUUAUUAAAGGCAGGCUCGACGGCUUUCGCUGACGGUGGAACAACUUCUUGGGCUGCUGACGACGACGACGACAAACCGUUGGACGUGCAAGUAACCGUCAAUGAUCUUAUGAGUCAUCAAGAGCGAGUAUUGAUAGAACAAGACAGAGGCUUGGAGGAGUUGUGUAAAGUGAUAACUCGCCAAAAAGAAAUUGGACAAACUAUUAGCAGUGAAGUGGAUCAUCAAAACGAAGUAAUUGAUGAUCUGGCUGAUCACAUGGACAGGACUGAUGAAUCUUUGAUCAACAAGACUCAACAAGUUCGUAAUAUCCAUUCCAAAGAUCGCACCUGUGGGUACUGGAUAGUGAUACUUAUACUUUUUAUUGCUAUUGUUAUUGUUUCUGUCGCAUAGAUAGUUAUUGGUUAUAUUAACUUUAAUUCUAUUACGAAAUGUCUAUAUUUAAACUGCAAACAUUGUAUUGAUGUUUAUAAAUAAAUAAUAUAAUUAUAAAGUA